AGCGGCUCAGUCGUGUCGGAGCUGCUGGAGACAACAACACGCAGCUGUUGAUCGACGUGCAGAGAAGACAUGAUCCUCUUUUCUUCCUGAGGAACCGACCAAUCAGCAGCCAGGAUGAUGCCCAAGCAGCUGGCUCGGACGUCUCCAGGCAGCGUGUUGUCCCUGAGAGGGUCCAGCAUCCCAGGAUCCCCUGCUGCCGCCAUCGUGGCCCGGGUGGAGGACUCGGUCAUUGGCUACAAGGACCUGGCGGCGCUGCCGAGGGACAAAGCCAUCCUGGACAUCGAGAGGCCGGACCUCAUGAUCUACACCUGCUGCCCCCUGGAGAGGUCCUUGUCUCCUCGCUCGUUGACUCCUCUUCCCUCCCCCGAGAAGGAGAACCUUUCUCCUGGAGGUUCCUCCCCUGGUUCCAGCACCCAGACCAGCAGAACCCACAACACACACACACCACACAUACCCAACACACCUACCACUACACACACACCUAACACACCAAACACACCAAACACUCCACACACUCCACAACCACACUCCUCUUGGUCCAAGAGUUCCAAGCAUCACUUCCACAGGCCCGAAAAUGGCUCUAACAUCUAUCAGAAGCCUCCCAUCUACAAACAAGAUGUGUGUGUGCUCCCUCAGGGGACUCACAUGGAGGAUCUGAUCAUCGAGUCCUCAAAGUUCCCGGCAGCUCAGCCUCCAGACCCGAACCUGCCCUCCAAGAUAGAGACCGAGUACUGGCCCUGCCCCCCCUCCCUGGCCGUGAUUGAGAAGGAAUGCAGGAAGAAGGACCAGAGAGAAGAAGAUGAGGAAGAUGAUGAUGAAGAGCUGAAUGAUGAACUUUGGGGACUGAGAAAGAAACAAGAACUCAACAAGAUUCAGUCUAAUCUGGGUAAAAUCCUCCUGAAGGAUGAUCUGGAUAAAUCUGCGUCUCCUCUGAGGAGGAAGACUCGCUCCCUACCGGACCACAGCCAGCACUCUGGGUGCGACGCCUCCAGGUCUGUGUAUUUCCCAGCAUCCUCUAGGAGGGGCCUGUCCAGGGUGAGUCCCGCGGAACACUGUCGUCCAAUCACAGCUCAGGUCACUGAAGACGGUGACCAACACGUUUCUGUUUGUUUUCAGCUUCAGUCGGCAGAGUUCAGCUCCUCAGAGGCCACACGUCCAGGUCUUCAGAAUGGAGAGUCCAGGAUGGACCGAGGGAACUCUCUUCCUAGCAUGUUGGAACAAAAGAUCUGCCCCUAUGAUGUACUGGUGGUGACCCACAGAGGGCGGAGCAAGCUGCCCCCCAACGUGGACCGAACCCGACUUGAGCACCACCUCUCUCAGGAGGAGUUCCUCAGUGUUUUCGGGAUGUCCCUGGAGGAGUUCGACAGCCUCUCUCUCUGGAAGAGGAACGACCUGAAGAAGAAAGUCUGUCUCUUCUGACGCCGCUGGACCGCAUCUCCCACAAUCCCCCUCUGCUCUGUUCGGAUCACUGAGGGAACCUAAAAGCAUCACAGACUCCUUAUUAUAAGCACCGCCAUUCACAGAUUCCAGCUGCACUAGAACCCCACAGAGUCCAGAGAGUGCACCUGCAGAGAGUCCACUUCCUGAGAGUGCACCUCCUGAGAGUCCACCUGGAGAGAGUCCACCUGGAGAGAGUCCACCUGCAGAGAGUCCACCUGCAGAGAGUCCACCUGCAGA